AAGAGACGCCACCAAUCCCAUCUUUGUGAGAAAUCGUAAAGUGAGUGCAUCGACGAAGGGGGGCUCGUCGAGAGGAGCGUGGAAAGCAUCGAAGAUGAUCCCUUUGACAGCCACCACGUGCUUCCUAAUCGCUAUCACGUUCCUGGCACUCGCCCUCAUCCUGUUGGAUCACCUAAGGUCCAAGAAGACGACGAAGAACGUCGUGUUGGGUGGCGACCAACACGCCCUACCGGAACCACCUGGACCCAAACCGUGGCCGAUACUUGGCUCCCUUCAUAUCCUGGGACGCUACGACGUACCCUACAAAGCUUUCGCUGACCUUGUUAGGGACUUCGACUGCCAGGUGAUCAAGCUCAGGAUGGGAUCCGUGCCCUGCGUGGUCGUCAAUGGGCUGGAGAACAUCAGAGAAGUGCUCACCGUCAAGGGACACCAUUUCGAUUCCAGGCCCAACUUUACCAGAUAUCAUCUGCUCUUCGGUGGAAACAAGGAGAACUCCCUGGCAUUUUGCAACUGGUCGGAUGUGCAGAAAGCCCGAAGGGAGAUGCUUCGCGCGCACACCUUUCCCCGCGCCUUCUCCACGCGUUUCAACGAGCUGAACGGUAUAAUUGGCGAUGAGAUGGAGUUUAUGGUGAACCAUCUGGACUCCUUGUCGGGCACGAGCGUUCACGCGAAACCGUUGAUCCUCCAUUGCUGCGCCAACAUCUUCAUCACCUAUCUUUGCUCGAAGAACUUUCAUCUGGAGCACGACGGUUUCCGAAACAUGGUCGAGAACUUCGACAAGGUGUUCUUCGAGGUGAAUCAGGGAUACGCGGCCGACUUCCUGCCUUUCCUUAUGCCUCUCCACCACAGGAACAUGGCAAGAAUGGCGCACUGGAGCCACGAGAUCCGAAGAUUCGUCAUCAAGAACAUCAUUGCGGACAGAUUGAACAGUUGGAACGACGUCGUGCCCGAGAAGGAUUACGUGGAUUGUCUGAUCAAUCACGUGAAGAGCGGGACAGAGCCCCAAAUGUCCUGGAACACGGCUCUCUUCGUCAUGGAGGACAUCAUCGGUGGCCACACGGCUAUUGGAAAUCUCUUGGUCAAAGUUUUAGGCUUCCUCGCGACGAGACCUGAGAUUCAGAGAUUGGCGCAGGAUGAGAUAGAUGCUCUCGGCCUCGCGGGCAACUUCGUAGGAUUGGAGAACAGAAGAUCCUUGCCUUACGUCGAGGCCAUCAUCCUGGAAACUAUCAGGAUAAUCGCCAGCCCCAUUGUCCCUCACGUUGCUAAUCAAGAUAGCUCUAUCGCUGGUUUCAGAAUCAAGAAGGACACGUUCAUCUUCCUGAACAAUUACGAUCUGAACAUGUCCACCGAUCUGUGGACCAGCCCAGAGGAAUUCAUACCGGACAGAUUCGUGCAGAACGGAAGAUUGUUAAAGCCUGAACACUUUCUGCCUUUCGGCGGUGGUCGUAGAUCCUGCAUGGGCUACAAAUUGGUCCAAUACGUGAGUUUCGCAAUCUUGGCAAGCAUUCUGAAGAACUUCACGAUAACGCCCGUGCAAAAGGAGGAUUACACGAUCCCCAUUGGGAACCUGGCUCUCCCCGAGAUGACGUACAAAUUUCGAUUCGAGCGGCGGUAGGGCUUGAACUGGGUCGUGAACAACGUUGUAAGUCCUGGAGAAAAUAGGGGCUGACCCACGAGGGAUUUCAAGGGUUGCUUCGACGAAGCUUCGAAGAGAAAGAGAAAGAGAGAGAGACAGAGAGAGAGAGAAGGAGAGAGGGAAGGAACUCGAACGAUACAAGGCAACUGAUACAAGGAUGGAUCGUUGGAUGAACGAACGAUUCUUGAGAGGACAUCCAGGGAAGGAGAUUCAGAAGCGAAGAGAGAUCAGCUGAAGAGAGGCUUCUGAUUUGUUUUUUUCUUCUUCUUCUUCUUCUUCUUCUUCUUCUUCUUCUUAUUUUUUAGACAAAGCUUUAUAAGAAGGUCGAACAACGUUAAUGAUAAUAAGGGUGAAAAAACGAAGAUUCGACCUUCGUCAGCAACGAGAGCUUUACUGACAUUACUAGAUGGUUAAGAUAGUAAAAUUGUUGAUCGUCCGCCGACGAGUGGAACACUCCGCCGACGCCGCCCCUUUUUUUUUUUUUUCCUGAAAAAACGGUUCGUAGACGAUCAUCCGCGAUAUCAGGAGAGAAAACUUGGACUGAAAAGAAGAGAAUUCCGCGUUGACGGGAUGCUGCUGCGAGAGAAACAUUGUCCUUGUCGGAGAGAGCAGCUUAGGUAAAUCGUAAUCUUACGAGUAAUCAUCAUCUUCUUGUUGUUUCUUAUUAGAAUCAUCGUGCUUACGCGUAGUUUCCUUAAUGGAAAUGGAAAAAUGAAAAAAAAAAAAAAAAAAGAAAAAAUGAAAGGACGAAAUCUUUUAAUAGCAGGAUCAAUCGUGUUAUCGGAUACCGAUUGCAAAUAUCCUGAGAUUGUUUUCUCUCGUAAUCGAUGAUCCUUUGAUCGAACGAUAUCGAUUUCGUUAUUUUUUUCUUUUUUCAGUAGUUUCUUUUCUUCUUUUCUCCUCUUUCUUUUUUUUUUUUUUUUUUUGUCUAAAUUUUUCUCACGCUAAAUCACGAGCCUUAUCGAUCGAUUUCGAGGGAACACGAUAAAUCGGCCGAUGAUUCACCUGGAUCAAAAAUCAGCCGAGAUUCGCGGAAUUCGUCGCCUGUUUGAUCGAACGAUCACGUACACACGAUCUGUCGUCUGAUAACCUCGCUCGUUCGAAAGACGAGACCCGAGAACGUGAGCGGUAAGCCGAAGACGAGAUGAUUAGGAGAGAACGAAACGUCUCGCGGCCCCCCAAAAAGGGUGAAAUUCCCCAACUCGAUCCGAUAUUCGCAUAUAUAAUAUACACCGAAUACUCGACCAAUAUCCGCAUCGACGUUGAUC